AUGACUACCAGCUUCACCAUCUAUGGCUACGAUGACAACCCUCGGACGCGCAUCGUUAAGAUCGUGGCUGCCGCCGAAGGCAUCGAACUAGACCAAUCUCUUGUAGUUCCACGCAAGAAUAUCAACAAAGCCGCUUAUAUGAAGCUUUUCCCCUUGUCUCUUGGAAAAAUCCCAGCGCUUGAAGGUCCAGACGUUAGUAUCACGGAAACGAUCGCUAUUGCGUAUUACUUGUCCAAACUCAACCACAAGUCUCAUCUCCUUGGCUCCGCCGGCACUCUAUCCCAAGAAGCCCUCGUGCUCAGCUACGUUAACUUCGCAAACCAGGAGCUUUUGCCCAUACUGGCACGCUGGUUUCUCCCUCUCAUCCCCGGCUUCACGGACCCAGCGCCGUACAGUUACGACGCAGUUGAAGAGGGGAAGCGCGCAAGUCUAGCGCUGUUGGACAAGCUAGAGGGUGUCCUGGAAGGGGUAGAGUGGCUAGUCGGCAACGGCCCUACGCUCGCAGAUAUUUUUGUGGCAGUUGUGCUGAGCAGGGGUCUGCAGUGGGUGUUAGACAAGAAAUGGAGGGAGGCACAUCCGGCGGCGAUGGCGCAUUUCGAGAGGGUGAGGAGCUGGGAGGUGGUGUCUCAGGUGAUUCCGGAGUUCAAGCUGGUUGAACAGGAGCCGCCGAAUGUACAGCCGGCGAAAGUGGAGAUAUGA